AUGGCGUCUCGUGUCAAGAAGUGUAGGAACCGAGCUGCCAAAAUCGGCUCCUGGGAGCAACCUGUGAAAUUUCUCAAAUAAGAUUAAGAAGCGCUCCGUCAGCAGUGCUUGGAGACGGGAAGCCUGUUCUGUGAUGAGUCUUUCCCCGCUUGUCCUUCAUCCUUGGGCUACAAUAAACUCGGACCUGACAAAACGAAAGACGUGGAAUGGAAACGCUCGGGAAAUCUAUGUGCAAACCCUAAAUUUAUAAUUAUAAGAGCAUCACGUACAGAUAUCUGCCAGGGGAAGCUUGGUGACUGCUGGCUUUUGGCUGCUAUUGCAUCACUGACCCUGAACAAAGAGCUUUUAAGCAGAGUGGUACCUGAAGGACAAGAUUUUGGCUCUGAUUAUAAAGGAAUUUUCCAUUUCCGGUUCUGGCAGUACGGAGAAUGGGUAGAUGUGGUGAUCGAUGACAGGCUUCCCACAAAGAACGAUGAGCUGAUGUUUGCGAAGUCAGCUACAGGGAAUGUGUUCUGGAGUGCUCUUCUGGAGAAAGCCUAUUCAAAGUUAAAUGGGUCCUACGAAGCACUAAUAGGGGGAUUCGUGACUGAGGGGUUUGAAGAUUUUACAGGAGGAAUUUCAGAGCGGUAUGAACUAAAUAAAGCACCAAGCAAUCUCUUUAAGAUCAUACAAAAGGCAUUAAGAAGUGGGUCACUACUUGGCUGUUCUCUUGAAGUGAGUAUCAUCUUAAUCCAGAGCUCAUCAUCCUUGGUUUACAUUUUGGUCAGGGGUCACACAUACUCUGUAACUGGAGCAGAAACAGUGAGCUAUCAAGGUGAUAAAGAGAAAUUGAUCCGAGUCAGGAAUCCUUGGGGUCAAGUAAAGUGGACUGGAAGCUGGUCUGACAAUGCACCAGAGUGGAAAGAGAUCCCCGAUGAAGAAAGAAAGCACCUUCAUGUCAACUCGGAAAAUGGAGAAUUCUGGAUGGCAUUUUCCGAAUUUCUAUGGAAUUUCUCUGAAUUGGAAAUCUGCAGUCUCACCCCUGACACACUUGCCAGCGAUGAAGUUCAUAAAUGGAACGUGAUUGUUCACAAUGGGUCCUGGAGAACUGGAUCUUCUGCAGGGGGAUGUCAAUACUACCCGAUGACAUUUUGGACAAAUCCUCAAUUUAAGAUCAUUCUGAAUGAACCAGGUGAAGAUGGGUUGUGCAGUUUUGUAGUUGAGGUGAUUCAGAAGAAUCGUCGACGGCAACAACAGAAAAUGGGGUCUAAUAAAUUAACUGUGCUUUUUGGAAUAAUUCCUCAAAAUAUUCUGAAGGAAGAAUUUUUCACAACCCACCCACUCCGUGCUGAAUCAGAAACCGUCACCCACCAGCGAGAGGUCAUGAUCCGAUGUGCUCUUCCACCCGGACAGUACCUUGUUGUACCAUCCACUUUUGAGCCAAAUAAAGAUGGAGACUUUGUAGUCCGUGUAUUUACAAAGAAACGACCUGAAGUACGGUAA